GCUCCCAGGCGAUACUUCCGGCGCGGUUUGCCGGGAGUCUUCGGCAGGUGUUUGGGCUGCGGCUGUCUCUAGUUCCGUGGCGGGUGGCCGACCAUGGAGCGCCCGGCGCCCAGUGAAGUGACUGGCUCAGACGCCUCGGUACCGGACCCGCAGCUAGCGGUCACCAUGGGCUUCACGGGUUUCGGGAAAAAAGCUCGCACGUUUGAUUUGGAAGCAAUGUUUGAACAAACUCGAAGAACAGCGGUGGAAAGAAGUCGGAAAACACUGGAAGCAAGAGAAAAAGAGGAAGAAAUGAACAGAGAGAAAGAAUUAAGAAGACAAAAUGAAGAUAUUGAACCAACAUCUUCAGGCUCAAAUGUGGCCAGAGAUUGCUCUAAAUCAUCUUCCAGGGAUACGAGCAGCAGUGAAAGUGAAGAGAGUUCUAAUUCUUCUGAUGAUGAGUUAAUUGGCCCCCCUUUACCCCUUAAAAUGGUGGAAGAACCGGUUAAUCGGAUGGAGGAAGAUAUCCUUGGUCCUUUACCUCCACCUCUUGGUGAAGAAGUGGAAGAAGAUGAUGAUGAUGAUGGUGAUUCAGAAGAGGAAGAAAAUCCUGUCCAAAAGAUCCCUGACUCGCAUGAGAUAACACUAAAGCAUGGCACUAAAACAGUUUCUGCUUUGGGUUUGGAUCCCUCAGGUGCCCGUUUGGUGACUGGAGGUUAUGACUAUGAUGUUAAGUUUUGGGAUUUUGCUGGAAUGGAUGCUUCUUUUAAGGCAUUUAGAUCCCUUCAGCCCUGUGAAUGCCAUCAGAUCAAGUCAUUACAGUAUAGUAACACAGGAGACAUGAUUCUUGUUGUAUCUGGAAGUUCUCAGGCCAAAGUGAUUGACAGAGACGGUUUUGAAGUAAUGGAAUGUAUAAAGGGAGACCAGUAUAUUGUGGAUAUGGCCAACACCAAGGGUCACACAGCAAUGCUUCAUACUGGCUCAUGGCAUCCCAAAAUAAAGGGAGAAUUUAUGACUUGCUCAAAUGACGCGACUGUGAGGACAUGGGAUGUUGAAAAUCCAAAGAAGCAAAAAAAUGUGUUUAAACCACGGACGAUGCAGGGUAAAAAAGUAAUUCCCACCACGUGCACAUACAGUAGAGAUGGAAACCUCAUAGCAGCUGCCUGCCAGAACGGAAGCAUACAGAUCUGGGAUCGAAAUUUGACUGUUCAUCCUAAAUUCCACUAUAAACAAGCUCAUGACCCAGGCACAGACACUUCUUGCGUGGCUUUUUCCUAUGAUGGUAACGUCCUUGCCUCUCGUGGUGGUGAUGAUACAUUAAAAUUAUGGGAUAUCCGACAGUUUAAUAAGCCACUCUUUUCAGCCUCGGGUCUUCCCACCAUGUUCCCAAUGACUGACUGUUGUUUCAGUCCAGAUGAUAAACUGAUUGUCACCGGUACAUCUGUUCAAAGGGGAUGUGGCAGCGGCAAACUUGUUUUCUUUGAGCGCAGGACUUUCCAAAGGGUAUAUGAAAUAGACAUCACAGAUGCGAGUGUUGUCCGCUGCCUGUGGCAUCCAAAGCUGAACCAGAUCAUGGUGGGGACCGGAAAUGGAUUGGCUAAAGUCUAUUAUGACCCCAACAAGAGUCAGAGGGGAGCAAAAUUAUGCGUCGUUAAAACCCAGCGGAAGGCGAAACAAGCAGAGACUCUAACCCAGGACUACAUCAUCACCCAAGAAGGGAUAAGUCCCCAUCAAGUCACCAUGUCAAGAGAUUCAGGCACCUCCCUCCACUCAAGGCAACCUUUAUCCCAGUUUCAGUGGGAUAAGUGUUCCUCCCUUCCGGUUACUCGUGUUGUCAACUCCUCCUGAGAGGUGGUCACAUUUCAGAAACGUGUGAAGUGAUUCCAGUGUUUGUGAGGCAUCUGAGGAAACUUCAGGUCUGACAAGCAAGCUAUUGGCGCUAUUCACAUUUGGGUCCUGUAAGAAAAGAAAAGAAAAGAGGUGGUCCCAAUGUUUCUUUUCAAAACCACAGAAAUUAAGUUUAACUGCUACCCAUGGUUUGGGAGAUGGGGAGCCUCACUGAUGUUUCCAUGACAGUAUUUGACAGUAUUUCCUGAGUGCCAUUAGCUGCCAGGAGAGGUGAACAAUGAGUCUGGUUUCACAUGAAAUUGGCUAAUUGGUUGCAGUAAGACUGUCUUUUAUUAUUAAAUGAAGGCUGUCAUUAUGACUUCCACUUCAUCUUCAGUUAGUCAUGCUUUAGCUAUGUUUUUGGAUGGAAGGGUUAUUAUCG